AUGCGUCUUCCUUACGUGUUCGCGGCCACGAUGGCAACUCUCCUCGUUUCUAGCAACGCGCUCGUGAACUCGAACCAAGCUAUGCUCUCUUCACCAAAUGAGCAGCACCAACGUCAAUUGCGGUCUCACCAGACCCCUGUGGAGGAUCAGGAACCCGAUGAGGAGAGGUCUCUAUCUAAAGCCGAGAUGAAGCGGUUAUUUGAAGCGGGGAAUUCUUUGGACGAUUUUGCUAAGCACUUAGGCAUUGCUGACGAUGUUGUACGUGCUCAAAGCUCGAACACCGUUCUCCAGCGGCUCAUGCAAACGGACGAGUACAUGAAGUACUCUACGUAUCUCAACUUUCUGUCGAAACAAAACAAGAAGAAGAAGCCACCUACUUUCUACCAUUUAUAA